AUCGACGUCCGGCGCUGUUUGAAUUUCGCGUUGAGCAGCGCGCGUUGUGGAGCCGCCUUAGGGCUGGGGUUGGUUUUAUUGUUUGACUUGGGGUAGGCGAAUCAUUGUUAGGGGUUUAUUUAUCGGUUAUAGGUCGGGCAAUGUCCACCCUGUUCCCGUCGCUGGAGCCGCGCCUGGUGGAGGCGCUGGGAUUCUCCACGGACGCGCUCUGCGAGGACGAGAGCGACCUCCUCAAGCGAGAGGCGCAGCACCACGCAUGGCUCCGUGGCAUCGCGGAAUGUAACAGCAAUUUGGUGCCGAUUGGUAAAACAGCCUCGGAGCAUUACGAGGAAGAGGAAGAAGAGGAGGAGGAGGAUGAAGACAGUGAGGAAGACUCUGACGAGGAGGCGGAGAUAGACGACAUGGACGAAGUCAACGGCUACACAGACUCCCCAGAUGAUGCAGAGAUCAACGAGGUCGACAUGGAAGGGAAUGAAGACCAGGAUCAGUGGAUGAUAUGAAAGCAUCCUCCGACAUAUGGAGUCAGUGCAUUGUGCUGCACUGCUCCGGGUCCUCUGGGUCAAAUUGAUAGUUUCUCAAUCUCUGGUAACCUCUUACGCCACAUGUCCACUUCCUAAUACUACUGGCCAAGCCGUUACCUGGGGAGUAGAUGUAACUUAUGGGUUAGCGUGGUGAUGUAAGCCUGUGUUUUUUUCCAGUGGCUUGCCAUGCAACAGUGCGUGAUGAGUGAAGCUCUUUAUCAUGUGUCGAUUACUGCUACGUCUCCAUGAAAUUUUAUCUUUGUGCAAUGAGUGGACUGUGACAAGAGUAAAAGAGGUCAAGAGCUUUUUUGUUAUCUCUGGAAAAAAUGUCACCCUUCAGAACUGUGCAAUUCACAAUAGAAAAAAUAUGAACAAGUGUGUGAAUCAGCCAAGUAUUGUCCCAAAAAUGUUUCUUUGCAAAAGUGAAUAUAUUGCCCAGAGGGAUUACAAGUUUUAAUAACGCUGAUAACAGUUCAUAUAUUUAUUUGUAUUUUGUAUUACAGUAUGUUACACACAUACGUGGUAUUUUGUUGAGCCCGUUUGAUAUGUAAACUAUAAAUAAAUGUUAUUUUAUUGCAA